UGAGAUCCUUAGGUGCAAGGUGCUGUGCAAUGCAAAGAAUGAUCUUCCUGCUCUAUCAGCCAAUGAGCGGGGAUGGAACAUGUGGUAGAAAUUGAAAGACGACACAAUGCAGAAGAGAAUGCUCACCACAUGGGCGGGGUGGCCUGUCGUUUGAAGAACUCAACGCUUUAGAGGUCUGAAAUUCUGUUCCACUCCCCUCCUUGGGCAGGAGGAUCUGUGAUGCACACUGAGGAAGGAGAGAGCUGUUUGUGCAUAGGGGAUUUUUCCCCUCCCUGAGCUGUCUUAUGUGAGCAGGGAGUGGGAAUUUCAGUACUUCUCUGCGUUAGUCCAGACCUGUUGCCCAGGCCUGAGAAGGAGGGUGGGGUAGCUGGUGUGUUUCUCAGACUGGAAGGGUUUCUUAUUCAUCACUGUUCCUGACACAGAGAGUUCCCUUAAAGUUUAAGCAAGAGGCAACCUAAAUAUCUCUGUCUUGGAAACUGGAUUUGUGUAAGGAAGGACGAGCCAAGGCAAGUUUCAGAGAGGCAGAAUUUUGCCUUGAGAAGAAUAUUUUAAUCGUCAUGCUGGGGGAAUUUUAAAUCAAGAUCAUUUGAACGCUUCUUGGAAGAGAGAUUCCACCCCCACCCCGUCCUUUCUGGUUUGCUUUGUUUUUCUUAUGACAUUUGAAACACCUGCUACAACGAGAGGUUCUGAUUUCCCUUUGUCGCCAGAAACUGACCAGUAACUUCUGCAGAGCUGUAGAAUGUUCUGAUUUUCUGCGGGGAGGCGGGAAGGUGUAGAGAUGCAUCUUUGCCUGAAAUGGCGGGACAAGAGGCAUGCAUGAAUUGAAUUAAUGGCCAGGAUGAGUAAUCCCCGCACCAGAAACUUUUGCCACCACAGUUCUCAGACAAGCUGAGUGGCAGAGACCACAGCCACGGAGGUUGGAGCAUGUGUGAUUAAGUGCUCACCAAGCAUUCCCGAGCCCAGUUUAAGAGGGCACUGUGGUAGGUACAGUCUGCCGUGCUCCCACCGGGAUUCCUGUCUGUGGGGAGGCAGUGAGCAGUUAUCCCUCUGUGCUAUUGAGUGUGGCGUUUCUCUCUGCUUUCCCCAUCGGGGUCAGAUCUUUCCCACAUCAUGGCUUGGUGCUUCUGCUGUUGUCGGAAGUGCCCCUGUUUCCUGUCGGAAGAAGAUAAAACUGCUGUUGUGUUAGAUAAAGAAAUCAACAAAAUACUAAGAGACCAGAAAAAGCGAGACAGGCUGGAGCUGAAGUUACUUUUACUAGGUGCUGGGGAAAGCGGGAAGAGCACUUUCAUCAAACAGCUGCGGAUAAUCCAUGGGGCGGGCUAUUCAGAAGAGGAUCGCAAAGGCUUUGCCAAGCUGGUGUAUCAGAACGUCUUUGCCUCCAUGCAAGCCAUGAUCGGAGCCAUGGAGACUCUGCAGAUCCCUUAUGCCCAGCCAGAGAAUGUGGAAAACGCCAAGCUGGUCAUGGGGGUGAAUGCUUCGAAGGUGGCGGCCUUGAACAGGCCGUAUGCAAACGUCAUUGAAAGCCUAUGGAGGGACGCGGGCAUCCAGACCUGCUACGAGAGACGGCGGGAGUAUCACUUACUGGACUCGGCCCUGUAUUUUCUGUCCAGCCUGGAGCGUAUCGCAGAGGACAGUUACAUCCCCACAGCUCAGGAUGUCCUGAGGAGCCGCAUGCCGACGACCGGCAUCAGUGAAUACUGCUUCUCGAUGCAGGAGAUGAUCUUAAGGAUUGUGGAUGUGGGUGGGCAGAAGUCGGAGCGCAGGAAGUGGAUACACUGUUUCGAAAACGUUAUUGCCCUGAUCUACCUGGCUUCCCUCAGCGAGUACGACCAGUGCCUGGAGGAGAAUAGCGAGGAGAAUCGGAUGAGGGAGAGCCUGGCACUGUUCAGAACCAUCCUGGAGCUGCCCUGGUUCCAGAGCGCCUCCGUGAUCCUCUUCCUAAACAAAACCGACCUCCUGGAGGACAAGAUCACCCACUCGGACCUAGCUGCUUACUUCCCCAGCUUCCCAGGACCCAAGCGAGAUGCAGAGGCGGCGAAAAAGUUCAUUCUGGAGAUGUACGUGGACACCUACAAGCGAUGCUCCGCGGUCCCCCGCGACGCAGGGCAGAGACCCUCUGAGACGGCCUCCAAAUCCAGGUGCCUCUACCGCCACUACACCUGUGCCACGGAUACGCAGAACAUCCGCAAGGUCUUCAGGGACGUCAGGGAUGUGAUCUUGGUUGGCUAUUUGGACGACUUCAACCUGCUGUGAGAUGAAGGGCUUAGGCCAGGGCAAAUAGGUAGUGACUCCAGCUCAGCGGGUGAAGAGAAGGCACAGCUGCUGGUUGGACUCUGUUGGGGAGCUGCCGUGUGUGUGUUGUGGAAUCCUUCCAGUUCCCCGGGAGUCUCUAGCCUAGGAAGGCAUCAUGGGGGACAGCACCUCGUGUUCUGAUGCUCAGAGGAAGGCGUGAGCUGUGACGUGAGCGAGUGUCUCUUCUGGUGGGAGGACAACCACUUCCCGGAGGAGGAGUGGGAACUUCUCCAGAGGGAGCUGGAGCCGGUGUCCGGGUCCACCAUGUGCAUCUCCCCAGACAGGAGACCCAGCGUGAGCCUCUGAGCAUGGACAUUCAGCCAGAGCGGAGGGGUGAAUUGAAUAGGGACUGUUGUGAAGGCCAAUUUAUGAAGCAAUCUUUAUGGGUUAGGGGAAAAUUAUGUUAACACCCAAUCAAUUCUCUUAUAGUUGUCUGCAAUUCUCUUCCUUCUGGUAUCUGCAAACCACACUACAGCACCUCCUUAAAGAGCCUUCUAGUUCAACGGUUCUUCAAGGUUUAUACUGGUGACCCCUUUCAGACAGCAAGCCUCUGAGUGCGACCCCCCCCCAUAAAUUAAAAGCACAUUUUUUU